AUGCUGCCACCUUUGCGCUCAUCGCGCCAGACGUCGCGCCACGGCGACGUUGUGUUGUGCUCGACGGGCGACCCGGAUAUCGAGGCGACGGGCGACCCGAACAAGCGUUUUGAGGCCAAGCGCGCGGCGCUUGAGAGGCUGGUCUCGAGUGACGCUGGCAGCCCUGCUUCCGAUGAAGGUAAUCGGUCCGGCAACGAUGACGGCGUCUCUGCGAAUGAUGCCGAUCAAGUUUUACGGGUCGCAGAGCAACGCCAGGCUCCGGCGGGAGAUGAUCUGGAGAGCGGCUUGGCGGAGCUGAAGGCGGUGGGUGGGGCUGUGGGCGGCAAUCUUGUCCUGCUCGCUGAGAUCUGCGUCGGCGGGCUGCGAAGCCCGGCCGGUCUUCUCUCAGUUGCUCUCUUCGCCUUGCUGUACGCGUCUGGCGAGUUCGGGAGCCCGGCGCCCUUUGUCACCCAGGCGCCGAGCGAGGGAAACUACUACCGCCUGAUGGAUCCGGCUGAGCUCCUCCGCGCAGAGUCCAACUUUUGCUUCUCCUGCGCAGAUAGCGGAGCGGCAGAGCCGUCGGUGGUGGACGAGGCCAACGCUGCGUGGGAGCGGCUGCGAGGCGGCGCUGUCUCAUUGGCGCCGCGCCUUCGCCUCUCCCCUCCGCUGGCGAAGAGACUCUCCAUGAGAGGGCGGCAUGCGGCAGGAUAG